UUUUUACUCACUCUCUCAGUCACUUCCCUUGUUAACCCCAGCUGGAAAUAUCAGAAAUAAAAAUAUGGGUUUAUAGGCAUAUCGCGAAGUUGUAAGAUAUCCAAGUCUCAGAGUGGACUUGGGUGUCAGGGUCUUUUUCAGCCAGUUAAGGGAAAUAUAAAAAUUCCCAAAAUUAAAAUCUUUCGGGGCCACGUGAGAGUUUGGUACACAGGGGUUUCUUUUCUCUCUUUGGGCUAAGAACAAAGGAAGAUCCCUCACUUUUGACAGAGGAUGGCCAGUGGCCAGUUAGAAAGAAGGGAAAGCCCCUUUUCAGAGACAAGAAAACUUUUUAGGCAAAAGCGAAUAUAUGAAGCUUCUCUGAAAAAGGUGGGAUUUUGUACAACUAUAAAAAUGCAUGAAAUUUAAACCCAAGGGGUCUUUUCUCCCCAAAGAACUCGGUGUGAGACUAGAGCCAGUGCGGUGAAUAAAUUCUUUCUUUUUGUUUCAUGAGUUUUUGCCGUCCUUCUGAAUUCAAGGGAGAAGUUUUUUCUCACAGAAAUACUUCUGGCACAGUCUUUGGAGGAAGAAACAGCUGCGAAAAGUAAGACUAAGAGGAAAAUACAAGAGCACUUCAGUUCACUGAAGUCCUUGAAAAGCAGAAUUGCUCCCAUUUCAAGCUGAUUUCUCUGAAUGGUGACUGUCAAUUCCCAGGGAAACCCCACCUUCAUUCUCUAUGUAAUCUGUCAGCGAAACAUCAGUCUUAGAGUAAAAUCAUCUGUGAUCUUCAGGCAGAGCCACACCCUGAGUUAAUCCUUGAUCAUCUCUGAUCCACAGAUUGAAGACACGGGGAUCGUUCUCACCUGACAACAGGGGAAAGUUUCUCUGGCAAGAGGAAAAAUAGCUGUCCUAUAUCAGUGCUCACCUUUCCUGAGUCAGGUAGGUAAGCAGGUCUCUUUUAUUUCUCUCCCUCCUGAACAAGUGGUGAAUGUGGUGGUAUUCCCCCUCUGGAAAGGGCUGUUGGGCCCAGGGACCCCCUGGGGGCAGGGCCUUGAGGCAGGGCUGGGCUGAUGAUAACUCUGGAACCUUCUUCUCCAUAAGCAAGGCUGGUUCCAGCUGUGCCCACUUGGAACUGUUUCCUGCCGGAAGCUGAAAAAGUAGGAAAGUGCCCUGAUUUUAUGGGAAUUUGGGAUGACAAUAACUCUGAGAGCACCCAGGGCUCAGCUGCAUCUGCAGGAAUGUUACUGAGCUUAAACUGUGUCCUGGUGUGUCUGUUCAGCAGUGUUGAACAUGAAGCCUUGGGGGACAGAGGAACUCUGUGUUUGAUUGUUGUGCUGAGAUUUUUAGGUCUAUUUUCACUUGUCUUCUUUUGAAAAGCAUUCAGCUUGUUUGGGAAUGUGGGUUUGGUCUCUGAAGUAGUAACUAAUGACUUGUUAAACAGCGAGGUUUCUUUUGAGCCCUCCUUGGAUAACAGGGAAAUUUGUAAAAGUUGGAUGUGAAAAGACCAUGACAUUUGUCAGAAGAAGUAUCUGUGUUGCUAAACAAGGUAUGUAAGGUCUCAGCAAGUUCUGGAUGGAAUUCAUAGGUAAGAUGUUCCAGUCUUGUGACAUUUUGCAUUUCCAAGCCUCUAGCUCCUGAUCUAGAGGCAAAGAGGUUUCUUCAAGUCCUGUGUCAUAUCUGCCCCUUCCCAAAUGCCUGAUUUAGUAUCCAACCCUGAUAAUAUCUGAAACAGCCCCUGAGACCUCUUUUUAGGUGACUGAGGAGCAGCCCUCUCAUCUCUAAUCAGGAUUAACCUCUUUCCCAUAGUAGAUGUCCAAAUUAAUGCCUCUGACAAAAUUUCAUAUGGCCUCAUGGGAUAAUGGACUGCAAAGAACAAACUUAGUGCCUGUCCAAGCCCAUGAAAACAGGAGGAAGAGCAGAAUUUAACAGGACAGUUUCCAAAGUUUAGUGUCAGUUGCAGUUUGACAUUCAAUGCCCUGAGCUGCCUGUGGAGUUUAUGGACAUGUGGGCCAUGUGGUUGGUGGAACUGAGGCUGUGGUCAUGUCACCCCAAGACCUGUGGCUUGUUGAGUGAUGUGAGACUGUCCUGGUUUAAGCCCAGAUGGCCACUAAGUACCACAGAGCUGCUCGCUCACUCCCUGGCCCCCGGCACCCCCUGGGCGGGGAGAAGAAUUGGAAAGAAACAAUAAACCUUGUGGGUUAAAAAAAUAACAGCUUAAUAAUUGAAACACAUUUUAAAAAUAAUUAGAAUAAGAUUAAUAAUAAGAAUUGUAAUUUAAAGUAGAGAGGGAGAUGGAGAGGGAGAGCGAGAGGGCAGAAUAAAACCCAUGUGAUGUCCAAUUUUGCUCACCACCCACUGACUGAUGCCCAGCCUGUCCCCGAGCAGAGAUCAGUCCCCUUCCGGCCAACUCCCCCCAGAAAAUAUACUGGGAAUGAUGCUCCAUGGUCUGGAAUAUCCCUCUGGCCAGUUCAGGUUACCUGUCCUGGCUGUGCUCCCUCCCAGCUUCUUGUGCAGCUCCUUACUGGCAGAGCAGGAGACACUGCAAAGUCCUUGACUUGGGCUGAGCACAACUGAGCCACAACCAAAAUAUCAGCAUGUGAUCAGCAUUAUUCUCAUCUUGAAUCCAAAACACUGCCCUGCACCAGCCACAAGGAAAAAAAUUAACUCUAUCCUGUCCAAAACCAGAACAGAAACCUCUGAGUGCCUGUUUAUCUCCAUGUGCCAGAAACAGAGCUGAGAUCAGAGGAAAAAGCCUCUGCUCUGGAGAUCAGAGUAGAGACAAAUCCCCAUCAUGGUGAUCUGUGGUGAAUUGGAUGAAAUCCCUCCAGAAGUCCAUAGCAAGUGAAGAGGGACAAUUUGUGAUUAAAACUAAGUGAAUUGAACACUUCCCUUGUCACUCCACCUGUGCUUACCCAGCUGGCCAAACAUGGCAGGACAUCCCAGGACAAGAAUUAAUCCAGAAUUACUGAUGUCUGCCUUGAUCCACCACCAGGCCUGUUCCAACUGCAUCUGAUUUAGUCCCAUGAGAUGUAGCUGUGAGACCUUAUGGCCACCUUAUGGCUGGGAAGUAGGGAUGUAUCCAGAACUGCAGUGCAGGGUGAUUAACUCUUGCUUGGAAACCAUCAGGGUGUCUCACCUUCCUCACUGCUCACUAACCAUGGAAUAUUGAACACCAAUAAAGUCAUAAAGAUACCAAACCAGAAGUGUUGCUAUGAGGACUGAGAUAAGGACUGUCGGUCCCACUCUGGAAAUGUCAAAAGUUCGCAGAGAGAGCCAGAGCCAGAGAGGGGAAGGAUCUUUAGCGUAGUGCAGCAAAGCUGACCCUGGUGCAGGUCCCUAAAUGAUUCCAGGUUUGUGCUGGAGCUGAUGCACUGUCACCCUGCAGCCUGAGGGUGCCCAGGGAGAGGGAACUUCAGGAUAGCAAACACCAUGGAUUCCCCAUCUCCAAAUGUAGGCAUGGGAGGGGGUAAACUGUGUCUUCCUUCUUUUCCCCCCAGCUCAGAGCAUGGACAGAGAGACUCCUGCAACCCAGACCGGAGAUUUAAACUGAUGUAUUAAUUAAGGUGUCCAUCAAAUUUCACAGCAGGCAGUGGGGGCUGGGUUGAAUUUUCCUCUCUUGCAUCCCCUGUCACAACUUCCUGGGAGCACGUUGGACUGAGAGAAAUUCCCAGAAGCUGCAACGAUAAUUGAGAUCUCUGGAAAGGCACAAGUUCUCUUGAUGUCUGAACUCAACUGUUUGAGUGCUUUGCACCUUUAGAAGUCACAGCUGGCAAGUGCCAGGUGAGAGAGAUCAGGGGGCUUUGGGACAGGAUUUCCCUUCCUUGUCCACUUCCCUUCUGUGCCUGUUCCAGGUCAGCUGCAGGAUUGUCCCACCUCUGUGACUGCAGGGAUGGACCAAAGGAGAUGGCUCCCGUUGGCUCUGACACUGCUUCCAGCCUGGUUUCUCCCUCUCUCCUAUGACUUUGGGCUUUUCAAUUUCCCCAGUUACAAUUUUGUCUCAGAGGAAAGAAGAAAAGGAGAAAAAAAUUUUGAGCUUAGCUCUCCCCAGAAUGUAGUUGGAAUUGUCAGCCAGGAUACAAUCCUUCCUUGCACCAUCUCUUCCACAAAGCCACUGGACAACCCUGAAGUGCAAUGGAAGAAGAUCACAGAUGGACAUCCAGAGGACAUCUGCACAUAUGGACAGUGUGGUUGUGAACCAAUGCAGAAAUACCAUGGGCGGGCACCAAUGCCAGGAGAUGGAUUUGCCACUGGGAACGUGUCCCUGACGCUGAAGAACGUCCAGCCAGCAGAUGAAGGAACGUACAGUUGCACUGUGACAUCCAGGGACUGGAGUGCUGACACAGCCACCGAGCUCAGCAUUGCAGGUACUGGGGAAGUGUUCCUUGAAAUUCUGGGCCCUCAAGGGCAAGGGCUCGAGCUUGGCUGCAGAUCACACGGAUGGUUCCCCCAACCUACUGUCCAGUGGGUGACUGAGGAUGGGCAGGGUCUGUUUGCAGACACUGAAAUACAGCAGGACAGUGAGAAACUCUUCAGUGUCUGGAGUCGAGUCACAGUUACAGGAGAGGAAGUGGGAAAAGUCACCUGUCAAAUCCUGAACCCCCUGGUGCAGAUGGAGAAGAAAACUAUUGCACGUCUCUCAGGUGCUGCUUUUCCCCAUGUGUCUCCAUUUGUCCCUGCCUUCUGGACACUACUCACUUUAUUCCUUCUCACAUUGGCUGCUGGUGCUGUUCUGGUAUUUCAAGAAAUGAAAGUGGUGGAAAAUACCACAGGGGCCCUGGAAUCCAUGUGGAAGAGGGACCUCCAUGAAGUCUCCCAGAAAAUUCAAACUCUGCAGGAAGAUUUCCAGAACAUGCAGCAGUCCACACAGCAUGACAUUCAGUUGCUCAGAACAGACCUGGAGAACAAACUAGAGCUUUUCAAAAUACAGUACUACAAAGAGAAGCAUAGAGGAUAUCGUGCAGUUGUUGUCACCCUGGACGCUGCCACAGCUCAUCCCGGAUUGGGAAUAUCUACAGAUGGGAAGACAGUGGUAAAGGGAGGUUUCGGCAUGGAAGGUAUCUUCAGAGACUUCUCCAGCAAUGAGAAGAGAUUUGAUUCCCAUCUGUUUGUGUUGGCAAAGCAAAGAUUCAGAUAUGGGAGGCUCUACUGGGAAGUGUCUAUUCGGGGAAGAAGAAACUGGGCCUUGGGUAUUGCCCGGGAAUCUGUGACUCGCAAAGGGCCACUGACUCUGACCCCUAAGAAUGGCUUCUGGGUCAUCGGGUUGGCAGAUGGGCGAGACUAUUGGGCCUACACGGAUCCUCAGACCCGUCUGAGUGUGAGGGGGGAGUUGGAAGUCAUUGGGAUCUUCUUAGACAUCCUAGCCAAGGAGGUGUCUUUCUACCAUGUGUACGAUAAGGAAGCAGCUCUGUACACUUUUAGCAUUGCUGAUGGCAGCAGCCAGAGAGAUGAAUUCAUUCCCUUCUUCUCCUUAGACUCUGCUACUGCAAACCAUGAUCCUCAGGCUCUGGUAAUAGUGUAGAUUUUUGAUGAUGUUCAAUAGUUUACUCCACAUUUCAAAGCUCAGUAAUGUACAGCCAGUGAUGAAAUCCCAUUGUAAUCAGGCUGCUGCCUAAUUUGUGUCUCCUGAACAAAGCUAAUGAAGGACAGGACAGAUCUCUCAGAGUGGUCUGUUCUGAGUUUUUUGCCUUAUGGAUCAGAGUGAAGAAUGUUUUGAGGGAAAUUAUAUGUGCUCAAGAAAAAUAAAUGUACUUUAAUGUUUGUAUGAAAAAAAGUGGUGUGAGGGACUGAAAAAAAAGUUAUUAAUAUUAUUACUGGCUCAAAACAGCUCUGUGUGUGUGAGAGGGGACAGAUCAGAUUCUGCCAAGGUGCAGUGGUGCUCCGCCCCCAUGAAAGCAUCUCGUGCAGCUGUCAAUCACUGGCACACUGGUAGCACUGCCCCACACCACACCCCAGGGGACCCCUAACCCAGAUCUCAAAUGGCUGGCAGACCAGAACCCCACCUGGGGGUCAUGGCCACAGGAGUCCAGAGCAAAUACGACCAACAUCAUGAGGGCCUCCAUGUGCAUGGCCCUAUCAUUCUUGGAUUUGUGUUAGCUGGUUCUAUGCUCGAUCUAAGGCAGUAGCUAUAAUUCUCUCUCUCUCUCUUUUUACUUCUUAAUUUCCUUUUCUUAAUAUUUGGGUAACUUAAACUUGGAUGGGUUGGAAUUUGCUAAAUCAAUGCUUUGUGAAAUGCUUUAUGUUGGUUGAAUGCUUCUUUUAAACUUUUUCCAAAAUUUGCCAGUAAAAGUGUGUU